GCAGUAAACUAGUGAACCCACAACUAUUGUGUUGUGUUGACCAGUGAAGUUGUUAGUUGGUCCAAUUUUAUUAGUGUUUGUGUAAUUGAUAAAACAAUAGUGAUUACUUAUUUUUGUCAAGACGUAGUGGAAAUAAAGUCGUUCAAGCGUAUAUGUGUAUAAGGUUUCGGGCAAAAUGCAGACCAAAACUUCAACCGUUGUCGGCCUCUUAGUGUUUUUAUCCCUUGUGUAUAAAUCAUCCGCAAUACAAUGCUACUACUGCAACAGUGCCAACAACAGUGCCUGUCUCGACCCCAAUGAGAUUGAGGAAGAGAUCCGCGGACGCAUCAUACCGGUCGUGGACUGCGCAGUAGCUAUCCCACAGCCGAUUUCCGUGAGAUUCUUCUGUCGGAAGAUCGUUCAGACCAUUUACCACACGAGACGUGAAAACGAUGUGCGUAUAACUCGCGGCUGCGGCUGGAUGCCUUCUGAGAAGCCGUGCUACCGCGCAGAUAACAGCGACCAUCUAGAAACUGUGUGUCAAUGCUUCUCUGAUCAUUGCAACAGCGGAGACCAUGUCAGCCCGGAUACGGCUGUAGCCUUCUUUCUGUUACUCUCCUCAGUGUUGUACUUCUACCGUUGAAUCAUUCCUAAUAAAGAUAUUUACAUGCACUGUCAUUAUUA